UUGUGGGUGCCGCGUGGCGCGCGUGGCGGACUCGGGACGACCAGCGCGGGGUAGCUGGGCUGGGAUCGGCGCUGGGGACGGUGGGCGGCGGCCACCGGGUGGGGCGCGGCGGUCCCCCAGUCCGCGCGGGGUGGGAGCCAAGACGGGAGACCCCCGGGCGCCGGGCCCGCCCCGGGCUUACCCCGCUCCGGUCGCUUCUGCGGGGCCGCGACCCCUCCAGUGGCUGCAGGACCCUCGGCAGCAGCCCGGGGAUCGCCGCGCUGCCCAGGGGCCCCGGAGCCGUUAACGGGUCGGGGCUACGGGCAGCGAAGUGGAAAGUUAGACCAGCUGGGACCAAAGGAGCUUGCUCUUGAUCCUGCCGGUCUCGUCCGGCAGCUGCCUCUGCAGAGCUGGUGCCAACUGUGGGGCUUUCGGCCAGGGGUCUCCGGACAGCAUGAGCGUGGGCUUCAUCGGUGCUGGCCAGCUGGCUUUUGCCCUGGCCAAGGGCUUCACAGCAGCAGGCGUCCUGGCUGCCCAUAAGAUAAUGGCCAGCUCCCCAGACAUGGACCUGGACACAGUUUCUGCCCUCAGGAAGAUAGGGGUGAAGCUGACACCCCACAACAAGGAGACGGUGCGGCACAGUGAUGUGCUCUUCCUGGCCGUGAAGCCACACAUCAUCCCCUUCAUCCUGGAUGAGAUAGGCGCUGACAUCGAGGAUAGGCACAUCGUGGUGUCCUGUGCAGCCGGUGUCACCAUCAGCUCCAUCGAGAAGAAGCUGUCAGCAUUUCGGCCAGGUCCCAGGGUCAUCCGAUGCAUGACCAAUACUCCAGUCGUGGUGCGAGAGGGGGCCACUGUGUACGCCACAGGCACACACGCCCAGGUGGAAGAUGGGAGGCUCCUGGAGCAGCUGCUGAGCAGCGUGGGCUUCUGCACAGAGGUGGAGGAAGACCUGAUCAACACCGUCACGGGGCUCAGUGGCAGUGGCCCUGCCUACGCGUUCACAGCCCUGGACGCCCUGGCUGAUGGGGGCGUGAAGAUGGGGCUUCCAAGGCGCCUGGCCGUCCGCCUCGGGGCCCAGGCCCUCCUGGGGGCUGCCAAGAUGCUGCUGCACUCUGAACAGCACCCAGGCCAGCUCAAGGACCACGUCUGCUCUCCUGGUGGGGCCACCAUCCAUGCCUUGCACGUGCUGGAAAGUGGGGGCUUCCGCUCCCUGCUUAUCAACGCCGUGGAAGCCUCCUGCAUCCGCACACGGGAGCUGCAGGCCAUGGCUGAGCAGGAGCAGGUGUCCCCAGCCGCCAUCAAGAAGACCAUCCUGGACAAGGUGAAGCUGGACUCCCCUGCAGGGGCUUCUCUGUCGCCUUCUGGCCACACCAAGCUGCUCCCCCACAGCCUGGCCCCAGCAGGCAAGAAGGAUUGAUGCGUCCUGCCUGCCCACCAUCCUGCCUCCACUUUCUCUUCUCUCCUCACUAGAGAGGAUACGGGAUCUCCGAAGUGGCCCACUGCCUGUGGCCCGGAUCAGUGCUGGGGACAUAGCUAGGGAGGAGCCUCAUCAAUUCUCACUGGAAAUUUCUGUGAUCUCUAAGUGCUUCCCAGCCCAGAACAGGGAUGGAUUGCCCAACCUUAACCUCCUUUCUCCUCUGCUUCCAAACCAUGUCAGGACUACCUUCCUCUAGAGCUCAGGAGCCCGGAGGGUCUUCACCCACUCCUACCCCAGUGUCAGCUGGUAUGGGCUCCUUCCUGAGGGCAAAGGUCAAGGACCCCCUCUGUGAAGGCUUAGCGGAGGUGGGAUCCCACCCUGCCUCCUACCCACUCCCUGCUCUCCACUCAGGUAGAAACCUCUCCUUCCCAUGUAAGAAGGACCAGAGGGUCCCCAGCAUUCCACACCCAGUGUGGCUCCUCUUGGCUGCCAUGCACCCAGAUGCCAUGGACAUUUGGGGAAAGGGGUCCUUGGGGUGCUGGUGAACUUCCUGUGGUCAUCGCCUUCAGCUCCUGACCUGCCUGCCUGCCUGGUAGGGUGCUAUCACUUCUGUUCUGGCCCUUUUAAGUUUUUUGUUUUUUUUGUUUUUUUUUUUUUGAGACGG